GUUCUCACGCGUCGUGGGAACUUUCUCAUGGAGUACUCUCUGCCAUCUUGCGGUUCGUCUCCCAAGCAGAGCAGCAUCGAAACUCGCAGGACAGUCGCAGGAGAGGUGGUGUCUUCUUCUGCUCAACAGGGGCGUGGUGGUCGCUCAUGCUCGGUCUUCUGUAUCUUUGUCGGUCUCAACUCCUUAAGGCAUAGAAAUCACGACUGUCCAGCGAUGGCUAACAGCCCUUCAACCACGGCCAUGGAAGGCAGCAUGGAAGGACUUACAAGGGGAUUCGGUGCGGGCGAUUCUCAGAAGCAGAAUGGUGGCAACAUUACCGAUGGAGAUUGUCUACCCGACCUUCGCUUCCUUCCGGACGUUGGGGGUACCUCGUCCAGCUUCAGCGACUCCAACUUUAUGCUGGGUGGACAAGAGACGCUCUUGCAGGAAGAUGCCCUGGCAGCCCCAGACUCCUUCCUAGAAUUCUGGCCAAUCGAACGCGACGUUGAGGAAGAUACGGCAGCGGGAGUUGCGGAACAACCUAUUGGUGAAGCCUCGCAAGUGGGAAACGGGUUUGAAGACGCUAUGGAACAGCACGCGCAACCUGCGGAGUUCUCCGUCGUCGAGAGCACAAUGACUAAUGAAAGCCAGCAUACCCAAGAGGGUUCCGAUGCGCUUGUCUCUCAUCGUUUCUUAUCGAAAGCGGCUUCCCACGAAGUUGUCCGAGUUCGAUCCAUGUCUACUGAUACACACGCGAGCAUGAUCCCGAGCUCAAAGCGCGGGUCAAUCUCAGCCGCGGCCGCCAAUGAACAAGAGGAUUGCAUGAUGACCGAUAUCCAGCAACCCUUCCCUGGUGCAAAAAAGCUGACCGUCAGUCAUUCGGCCAGCGAAAUCGUCAACAUUUUCUCUGAUAGAUGUAGUAUUGCGGGAUCGGUGCCGAACAAACGAGAACUUGCGGCCGCGCAGGAGAGCUCAAACCCUCGACAAGUACCAGAAACCGCAAUUACCCGGGGAGGUUUCGAUGACAACGAAAGCAUAGAUACGAGCGUUACUGGGCUUAGCGCAACAUCACGAUUACGACGCUCUGAGGACGCCGCUCAAUUAAAACGUUUAAAGGCGGAACCGGGGACGUCGCACCACUUUGCUCCCAGAGGCGUGACGCUUGCUGAAAGAGAACGCUCUGUGGAGUCGCACGACGACGCGACAUCCGUCGCAGCAAGCAGUGUAACAUGGUCUCAAAUGAGUCGAGCAUCACAAUCUCCGGGAAGGGAACAUACCCCUCUGAGGCGUGCACUAAUGCGCCCGGCGUCGCCAGAAAGCAGCAUCGGUUCGCCUUUACCCAAACGCCGUCGCGUGCCAGAAGUUGAUCUGGUGCCACCUUUCCUCGGGAGCGUGCCGUCAGACGAAACUUCGAGACCCAUGUCGCAUCUCAAAGAAGAACGACACGUUCGCUUUCAACAAGAAGGUUCGACCAACGGCACACAUUCGGACGACCACCCUGAAGGACUGGCAUUCGAGAAAAAUGUUCUAGCACUAUCGUACCGGCGUGGGAAGAUAGGUGCUGCAUACUACAACGUCGCGGACUCGGUCCUGUUCCUGAUGGAAGACGCCAACGAUGAUCAGCAUUUCGAGAUCGUCCAGCUUUUGAAGUUUCAAGUGCAGCCGUCGACGAUCAUUGUCAGUGCUAGGGCCGAUGAUGACUUUGUAGCCGCCGUUACUGCGGCAGAUGAGAGAUUAGGCUCUAUCGAGAUCGCCGUGCGUCCAUCAACCGACUUCAUUUAUCAAACCGCGAAAAACAAAAUCCUCUCACUGCAUGUAGACGAGUUCGAUGGACCCGAUCUGGAUCAGCCAGGGCAAGCAAAUCCUUCCAUUUCGGGCAACAAGCUGUCGAUGAUGUUCCAGUUAGAGAGCAUCAUCUCACUCGAAAAUCAGGAGAUGGUGUGCUGUGCUGGGGCUCUCCUAAACUACAUAAGCAAAGCAAAGCUGACUGGCGCCAUCUUGGAGCGAAAUAUCGACAUGGAGGUCGCCAAAGUCGAGCAAUUCAAUCUCAAAAAGUACAUGCAGAUUAAUGCCGACGCCAUGUGGUCCCUGCAAAUCUUCCAAGACGAAGCUCAUCCGAACAUGUUCAGCAAACGGAGCAAAGAGGGGCUAUCGUUAUUCGGAAUCCUAGACAAUACCAAAACGCCACUGGGACGGACACUAUUGAAACAGUGGUUUCUUCGACCCUCAAUGGAAGUUGAAGUGAUACGCCAGCGCCACGCUGCAGUCGAGUUCUUUUUAAUGACCGAUAUACGAUAUGAGGUCGAUCAACUGCGCGCGGCUCUGAGAAAUAUAAAGAACAUACCGAGGGCUCUGAGGAAAAUGAAAAGCAAAGCGACUAUCCCGGAAUGGCAGAUGAUCCUGAAAUUUGCCUAUUACUCUCUCAAAGUUCGAGGAAUCCUGCGGGAGAUUACCACGGAAGCGCAAUUGACGCUGCUGCAAAAGAUGAACGAAGUCUGCAACGUCCAAGAACUCAAAAGUGUCGGUUCCCUCAUCAACAACGUGGUGGACUUUGAUGCGUCCGUGAAUGAAGCGCGAUUUGUCGUUAAACCUCAUGUCGAUGACGAACUGGACGAGAUGAAGCGAACCUACCACGGCUUGGACGAUCUUCUGUCUCAAGUUGCGCACGAACUCGGAGACAUAAUUCCGCCGGAAUUUGCGACUUCGAUGAACGUGAUCUAUUUCCCGCAGCUGGGCUACCUUAUCACCAUCCCUCUCAAGGAAGGGAUGACGAAUCAGGAGGAUUUUGUCAUCGAGGGACUCCAUUUCCAGUUCUGUACUUCGAAUACCGUGUACUACAAAAGCGAUCGUAUGUUUGAACUCGACGAAACGAUCGGGGAUAUCCAUUCGAUCAUCGUCGACCGUGAGAUCGAGAUAAUGCAGAAGCUGCAGGAGACUGUGCUCACCUAUCGUAGCACCCUGGUGAAAACGGCGGAAGUGUGUGCGGAGCUAGAUUGCAUCUUGUCGCUGGCGGAAGCAGCUGCAAAAUAUCACUAUUCGCGCCCCGAAAUGAAAGAGGAAAACGUAUUGCAGAUACGGAACGGAAGACAUCCGCUCCAGGAGCUUUGCGUGGAUGUCUUCGUCCCAAACAACACUCAGUUAGGCUUCGACGACAACUCGGCUCGGAUUGUCUUGCUUACCGGCGCAAACUCGUCGGGAAAGUCGAUCUAUCUCAAGCAGGUGGCUCUCAUAGCAUUCAUGGCACAGAUUGGAAGCUUUGUCCCCGCCGAGCGCGCCACAAUUGGACUCACAGACAAGAUCCUGACCAGAGUGCAGACUCGGGAGUCUGUCUCAAAGUUGCAGAGCACCUUCAUGAUUGAUGUCAAUCAGGUCGGAGUUGCGCUAGCGUGCGCUACUGCCCGCUCGCUUGUGCUUUUGGAUGAGUUCGGGAAGGGAACAGACAUUACUGAUGGUGUGGGUCUGCUUUGCGGUGUGAUUGAGCAGUUUGCUGCACGCGCACAUGAGUGCCCGAAUGUCAUUGUUGCUACACACUUUCAUGAAAUCAAUACUCACAAUUUGUUGAACGUGUCGCCGCAACUGCUGCAAGAUUGCACAAUGGAGAUUCUGGAGACGCAAGGCUCUAAUGGACUUACCUUCCUGUACCGUAUAUCUCCUGGCCGUGCUACUUCCUCAUGGGGCGUUCACUGCGCUGCACUCGCUGGAAUGCAGGAAGACGUUCUUCGUCGAGGACGGGAGGCAUCAGAGAAACUCGCCAAAGGGGACCCCAUGGUGCCAACUCUCACGACAGCCGAUCUGAAGCGGAAAGAGAUAAGCCACGUGAUAGCCAAAGUCUUUAUGAACUUCGAUGUUGAAAACGAUCCUUUGGACAACUUGUGGGUACAUGUAGAUGGGGCUAUUGCGGAAUUUGACGAGAGUCGGGGACAGUCUGUUUCUGCAUCCGUGUCCUAUUAGAUCGGGGGUUGGCGUAGAUGAUCGGUUGAAGAACAUCGGAAGAUAUGAUAUGUAGACUCUCUUCGCAUUGUGAUGUAAUGCACUAUGUACAAACAAAGG